UUAUUCAUUUUAUUUUUUUGUAACUAUUGUUCACAAUAUCAUUAUUUUUUUGUUAACUUUUAUCCGUGCUGAUCAUAUUUUGUUUUCGAUUUGUUUUACAGAAAUACAAAAAUGGGUUAUUCAGAUUCAAAUCAACUGUUUGACACGACGUUGUCGUCAACAAUAGAUUCAUCUAGAAAAAGAAAAGCAAGAACUAGAAGAGACGGGCCAAAAGGCGUAGCCGAAACAAUAGCAAAAUGGAAAGAAUACAACAAAAAAAUCGAGUCAUUAGACGAAAGAUCAAAACCGGCCCGAAAAGUACCUGCAAAAGGUUCAAAAAGGGGUUGUAUGAAAGGUAAAGGAGGACCCGAAAACUAUAGAUGUAAAUUUAGAGGCGUUAGACAACGAACUUGGGGUAAAUGGGUAGCCGAAAUUCGAGAACCAAAUCGAGGUAAUAGGUUAUGGUUAGGAACUUUUGGGUCAGCAGUUGAGGCUGCUUUAGCUUAUGAUGAAACCGCUCGAGUCAUGUAUGGGCCAUGUGCCCGGCUAAAUUUACCGAAUUGUCGGUCGAUGAACGAUUAUAAUAAUUCGUUAAUGAUGAGUGCCGGUGCCGGUGCCGGUGCCGGUGCGUCUAGUUGUGACUCGACUAUGACUAGUUGUAGUCAUUCUGAGGAUACUAAAUAUAGUUCGAGUGGAGGACGAAAAAUGGCUAUUUCGAAAGACGAAGGGGAUUCGAGAUGCGAAAAUGGGAAUUUGUUGUUUAAUAACAUGGUUAAAAAUGAAGUAAAAGAGGAACCGGUUGAGGAUUUUGAUUUUAAAGAUUUUAGAUUAGUAAAAGAAGAACCGGUUGAGUUGAAGGAAGAUGUUGAUUUUCAAGAUAUUAGAGAGAUUCAAAAUAUUCAUGUUAAUGAGAUGUUUGAUAUGGAAGAGUUACUUGAAAUGAUGGGUCAAUCACGUCCUCAAAAUACGGGUGUAGUCAGAUUCAACGAGUCGAAUGGUGCAUCGCAGCUUUGGUUUAAGAACGGAACACUUAACGAUCAACAUCAAGAAACUACUAAUGGGUCGAUGGCAGAUUAUGGGUUCGGGUUUUCAAUGCCAGAGCAGACUAAUGUUGAUCAUGAUGGGUUCCAAGGGCUCGACAACAUGUGGUUCGACGAGCAGCAGCCGACGAACCUAGACAUGCGGCAAUAUGGUUAUGAGGAAAUUCCGGCGGUUGAUUAUGGGUUCGAUUUUUUGAUGCCUGGACGGCCCGAAGACAGUAACUUUGCAUUGCAAGAGUUAGGGUUCAAUUUGGGACCUGAUUUGGGAGUUUAAUUAAGCACUAAUUUGAGAAUUAAGCUAUUAAUUAAGAAUGUAAUUGCUGGUCGUCGUUAUAGAUAGGACUAGGAUAAUGACUAGAAAUACCAAUUUGUAAAAUGUUCUUUAAUCUAGAGUAUGAGUCGUAUAAGUAUUUAAACUUCAUAUAUGGUAUUAAGUUAUAUCUAGGCUAUAUAUUAUUGAGAAAGGUGUGUAUAUA